ACGUGUAGGUUACGUUGAUGCUGGACGAGUGGUUACCAUCGUCCGUCCCCCGAACCAGCGUCCUAUCUAUAGCCCCAAAACCAGCACCCUGCGCCGGCCACCAUCCACACGAAGCCCCGGCCUCUCGACCCAACCCGCCUGCGCUCAUGGACGCUCCGGCGCGAUGGCCGAGGGUUUGUCGGUGGUCCUGCUGCCGUUUGGCCACAACAGGUCGCCCAGUGGAUGAUUCCAACACAUCCCCGCCGCUGCAUCACCGCCUCCUCCUGGGCAGGAUGGAGGCUCCCCUGGGGGCUUGAUGAGGCCGAGGAGCGUCAGCGAUGUGCGUCGGACGUGGAAGGCUUGCCGCGCAUGUGCGCCUCAUAGCGAGGUGGUGCACACAGGUGUGGCGCUGGCGGGGGGCGGCGCCGGGAAGGAUGGAGUUACAAUGCCGCUGCCGCUACUACUUCCAGCACCCGUGGUCGCGCAUCCUGGUGGCCUACUUGGUCAUCUUCUUCAACUUCCUCAUCUUCGCAGAGGACCCCGUGUCGCAUAGUCAGACCGAAGCGCGCAUAGCGGUGGUGGGCCACUGCUUCUCCUUCCUCUUCAACAAGUACCCCGGGGGCGGCUGGAGUGUCCUCAAGGUGAUGAGCUGGAUCGUGGCCAUUUUCCUCGGCCUUCUAGCCGGGAAGUUCAUCUUCCACCGACAGCUCUUUGGUCGAUACCUGCGUCUGAAAAUGUUCCGCGAGGAUCACGGCUCCUGGAUGACCAUGUUCUUCAGCACCAUCCUUUCCCUCUGCAUCUUCUCCAACAUCUACAACCUCAUCCUGCUGAUGGCUGGGAACAUGGAGUCGCACAUGAUUACCGACCAGAUGGGCAUCAAGAACGAGGUCUUCAUGAAGUUAGCUGCAAUGGGCACCUGGAUGGGGGACUUUGUCACGGCAUGGAUGGUGACAGAUAUGAUGCUGCAGGAUAAGAAGUACCCAGAUUGGGGGAAAGCUGCCAGACGGUUCUGGAAAAAAGGCAAUCAUAGGAUUGUCCUCUUCUGGACCGUGCUCUUCUCGCUGACGUCACUCGUGGUUCUGUUCAUCCUCACCAAUUGGAUCAACUGGGACAGACUGAACCGAGGCUUUCUGCCCACCGAUGAGCUCUCCAGAGCCUUCCUGGCCUCCUUCAUCUUGGUCUUCGACCUCCUCAUUGUCAUGCAGGACUGGGAGUUCCCUCACUUUAUGGGAGACCUGGACUUGAAUCUGCCGGGAAUGUCCACCGCACAUAUGCAGUUGCAGCUUCCUCGUUGGACGAAAAUAUUUAAAGAGGAGUAUCGAAUUCACAUCACCGGCAAGUGGUUCAACUACGGUAUCAUCUUCCUAGUCCUCAUUUUGGACCUCAACAUGUGGAAGAACCAGAUCUUCUACUCGCCCUUCGAGUAUGGUCAGUAUGUGGGGCCCGGCGACAGGAUCUACAUCGUGUACGACGCCGACACGCUCAAUAAUCUCAAUAUCAGCACGCUGACCUUUACCUGGCGCUCCGACAAUGUGGAUCCUGCCACCAACCGCAGCUACACGGAGGGAGACCUUUUGAUGUACAGCCGCUACAUCGGCCACGGCAUGAACACCAAGUUCAUGGCCUUCAUCCCAACCCUGGGGGCGUUCGUCCUCUUUGGCUCGUUCAUCUCGUUGUUGGGGCGCUUCCAGAAAAGCGAGAACUUCCAAAACCAAAACAAGGACAAAAGCUAUAAGAGGAUCCAGAGGAAGUCCCCAUCGGCGUGCAGCAAGGAGAUGGGCGUCACCCCUGAGGAGACGGACAGCGCCGUGAUUAAUAGCCUCAAACUACUGGGGAUGCCGGUGCUGCUCUCGCCGGACGCAACGAUUACGGCGGAAACCCAAGAGACGAACCCGAGCGUUGUGAUUGACAACGUGGCUCAGGAAGAACUGGACGUCUUUUCUGACCCUAACACACACGCACCCGAAUCCUGAUCUUUGACCUGAGAGACAUGUAGCAUUUCCUUGUCCCCCUCUAAGCAAACCUAUUCAGACUAUAAAUAGCGGGAAUGUUGGUAAGGUACUCGCCUUUCUUAAGUUCUCAUCUACUUUGGUGCCUUUCAUCGAGGCCUGUUCCGGAUCCCUUGACCCUAUCAGGAGGCGACGGUUGUGCCUUGAAAUUUCAUACACAGUCUAAUUAUGCUUGUGUGAUAACACACAUACACUAUUUAUGACCUGCUGCAUUUAUAUUAUUGUAUCCUUCUUGGGUGUAAUCAUUUCCUAGACGUGUUUACAAACAUUUGUACUUAAAGCAACAACACUUGAAAUCACUACGAGUCCACACACGUCUUAAAUAUACUGUUUGUUACUAAAUAGAAGCAGACUCCUUAUCAUUGGCGGAAGAACAGUCCAGAAUACAGAACAGGCCAAAAGCUUGAACACACCUUCUCAUUUAAUGGGUUUUCUUUAUUUUCAUGACUAUUUACAUUGUAGAUUGUCACUGAAGGCAUCAAAACUAUGAAUGAACACAUGUGGGGUUCUGUACUUAACAAAAAAAGGUGAUUAUACCAAAAACCGGUUUUGUACAAACCCCUUUUCCAUAUGGGUUGGGAAAUUGUGUUAGAUGUAAAUGUAAACGGAAUACAAUGAUUUGCAAAUCCUUUUCAACCCAUAUUCAGUUGAAUGCACUACACAAUCAAGAUAUUUGAUGUUCAAACUUUUUUUUUUUUCAAAUAAUAAUUAACGCGCCAAAGUAGUUGGGAAAGGGCAUGUUCACCACUGUGUUAUAUCACCUUUUCUUUUAACACCACUCGAUAAACGUUUGGGAACUAAGGAAACUAAUUGUUGAAGCUUUGAAAGUGGAAUUCUUUACCAUUCUUGCUUUAUGUAGAGCUUCAGUCCUUCAACAGUCCGGGGUCUUGUUGUCGUAUUUUAUGCUUCAUAAUGCGCCACACAUUUUCGAUGGGAGAAAUGUAUGGACUGCAGGCGGGCCAGGAAAGUACCCAUACUCUUUUACGACGAAGCCACGCUGAUGUAACAUGUGGCUUCGCACUGUUUUGCUGAAAUAAGCAGGGGCGUCCAUGAUGAUGUUGCCUGGAUUACAACAUAUUUUGCUCCAAAACCUGUAUGGACCUUUCAGCAUUAAUGGUGCUUUCACAGAUGUGUAAGUUACCCAUGCCUUGGGCACUAAUACACCCCUAUACCAUCACAGAUGCUGGCUUUUGAACUUUGCGCCUAUAACAAUCCUGAUGGUUAUUUUCCUCUUUUUUCCGGAGGACACCACAUCCACAGUUUACAAAUAUAAUUUGAAAUGUGGACUCGUCAGACCACAGAACACCUUUCCACUUUUCAUCAGUCCAUCCUAGAUGAGCUCGGGCCCAGCGAAGCCAGCGGCAUCCCUUUGUGUUGUUGAUAAAUGGCUUUCGUUUUGCAUAGUAGAGUUUUAACUUGCACCUAUAGAUGUAGCGACCAUCUGUAGUUACUGACAGUGGUUUUAUAAAGUGUUCCUGAGCCCAUGUGGUGAUAUCCUUUACACACUGAUGUCGUUUUUUGAUGCAGUACCGCCUGAAGGAUCAAAGGUCUGUAAUAUCAUCGCUUACGUGCAAUGAUUUGUCCAGAUUCUCUGAACCUUUUGAUGAUUUUACGGACCGUAGAUGGUAAAAUUCCUAAAUUCCUUGCAAUAGCUCGUUGAGAAAUGUUGUUCUAAAACUGUUCGACAAUUUGCUUAUAAAUUGCUGACACUCGCCCCAUCCUUGUUUGUGAAUGACUUAGCACUUCAUGGAAGCUGUUUUUAUACCCAAUCAUGGCACCCACCUGUUCCCAAUUAGCCUGCACACCUGUGGGAUGUUCCAUAUAAGUGUUUGAUGAGCAUUCCUCAACUUUAUCAGUAUUUAUUGCCACCUUUCCCAACUUCUUUGUCACGUGUCGCUGGCAUCAAAUUCCAAAGUUAAUGAUUAUUUGCAACAAAAAAAAUGUUUAUCAGUUUGAACAUCAAAUAUGUUGUCUUUGUAGCAUAUUCAAAAGAAUAUGGGUUGAAAUGAUUUGCAAAUCAUUGUAUUCCGUUUAUAUUUACAUUUAACACAAUUUCGCGACUCAUAUGGAAACGGGGUUUGUAUUCUAGUUCCUUCAAAAUUGCCGCCCUUUGCUCUGAUUACCGUUUUGCACACACUUGGCAUUCUCUUAAUGAACUUCAAGAGGUAGUCACCUGAAAUGGUUUUUACUUCACAGGAGUGCUUUAUCGGGGUUGAUUAGUGGAAUUUCUUGCUUUUACCCUUGGGGAUGGGACCAUCAGUUGUGUUGUGAAUGAGAAAGUGUGUCCAAAAACUUUUGGACUGUACUGUAUAUGAGAGUCAAUAAAAAGAGACCUGUCACCUUACAACUUGAUCAGUAAAAUUCUGGUAGUAAUUCAAAAGUUUUUAGUUUUUUUUAUAAAUGAACUCCUUAAAUGUAAUAGAGAUGAAAAUUACUUAACAUUCCAACAAGUCAGGAUAAGGUUGAAAACUGACACAUUUUUUCCAAAAGCGUUCUUUCGAUUAUCGCAGGGGUUACCUUAGGUCAGGGGUGCCCGUUACGUCGAUCGCGAGCUACCGGUCGAUGGCGGCGGGUGUGUCAGUCGAUCACCAGCCUGGCAUUGAAAAAAUAGACCUAAAAAUUAGCGAUCAUCAAUCCUCACAAUGAUGUCACUUCCGCCACUUGAUUGACAUUCACGGCACCCGAGGGUCUUGUGAGAUGACGCUGGCUGCUGCCAGAUCGUUAAGAAAAAUCAACCGACAGGAAGGCGAGAAACACUUUAUUUCAACAGACUGUUGCGCCGUACCUGCCGUCAAAACUCUAAAGACAGACUGCACAGUUCCUGUCUUCACAAUAAAAGCGCUGCUCCAUCCUGCCUGCGCUAACAAAAUACCGUAUUUUUCAGACUAUAAGUCGACGUUUUUUUCAUAGUUUGGCUGGAAUGCAACAUAUUCUCCGGACCGACUGUGGGACUGUGUGAAAUUAUUAACACAUUACCGUAAAAUAUCAAAUAAUAUUAUUUAUCUAAUUCGCGUGAGCGAUGAAGAAAAUGUCCGCAAUCAUCAAAUACACGCCAGCCAAUAAGAAUUUGGCGGGGGCGGGUCAUGGCAGAACUGCAUUGUGGGUCAUGAUAUGCUAUAGCAGGGGUCACUAACGCGGUGCCCGCAGGCACCAGGUCGCCCGUAAGGACCAGGUGAGUCGCCCGCUGGCCUGUUCAAAAAAUAGGUCAAAUUGCAGCACUUACCAGUGAGCUGCUUCAAUUUUUAAAAUUGUAUUUAUUUACUAGCAAGCUGGUCUCACUUUGCUCGACGUUUUUAAUUUUAGGAGAAACAUAACUCAAAUAGAAUUUGAAAAUCCAAGAAAAUAUUUUAAAGACUUGGUCUUAAUUUGUUUAAAUAAAUUCAUUUAUUUUAUUUACUUUGCUUCUUGUAACUUUCAGAAAGACAAUUUUAGAGAAAAAAUACAACCUUAAAAAUUAUUUUAGGAUUUUUAAACACAUACACCUUUUUACCUUUUAAAUUCCUUCCUCUUUUUUCCUGACAAUUUAAAUCAAUGUUCAAGUUGUUUUUUUUUUAUUGUAAAGAAAAAUAAAUACAUUUUAAUUGAACUCUUCAUUUUAGCUUUUGUUUUUUUGACGAAGAAUAUUUGUGAAAUAUUUCUUCAAACUUAUGAUUAAAAUUCAAAAAAACUAUUCUGGCAAAUCUAGAAAAUCUUUACAAUCAAAUUUAAAUCUUAUUUCAGAGUCUUUUAAAUUUAUUUUCAAUUUUUUGUUCUGGAAAAUUUAGAAGAAAUAAUGAUUUGUCUUUGUUAGAAAUAUAGCUCGGUCCAAUUUGUUAUAUAUUCUAACAAAGUGCAGACUGGAUUUUAAACUAUUUAAAACAAGUCAAGUGUACCCCGCCUUCCGCCCGAUUGUAGCUGAGAUAGGCGCCGGCGCCACCCGCGACCCCGAAAGGGAAUAAGCGGUAGAAAAUGGAUGGAUGGAUAAAACAAGUCAUCAAAAUUCUAAAAUUAAUCUUAAUCAGGAAAAAUUACUAAUGAUGUUCAAUAAAUUAUUUGUUUUAUUUUUUUUAAAAGAUUCAAGCUAGCUAGUUUUUCUCUUCUUUUUUUCGGUUGAAUUUUGAAUUUUAUAGAGUCAAAAUUGAAGAUAAACUGUUUCAAAAUUUAAUUUUAAUUUUUUUCGUGUUUUCUCCUCUUUUAAACCGUUCAAUUUAGUGUUUUUUUCAUCAUUUAUUCUCUACAAAAAACCUUCCGUAAAAGUAAAAAAAAUGUACGACGGAAUGACAGACAGAAAUACCCAUUUUUUUCAUAUAUAUAGAUUUAUUUAUUAAAGGUAAAUUGAGCAAAUUGGCUAUUUCUGGCAAUUUAUUUAAGUGUGUAUCAAACUGGUAGCCCUUCGCAUUAAUCAGUACCCAAGAAGUAGCUCUUGGUUUCAAAAAGGUUGGUGACCCCUGUGCUAUUAGCUACUGCCGGAGCUAUUAAAAUAGAUCACAUCAACAUUGGCAGUAACUUAUAAAAACUGAGAAGGACUGAACUGAAAGGCCACCGAAAAGGAAAUCAUAUAAUGCAGAUUACAAGCUAGACGUAGUGAAAUAUGCUGCAAAGAACAGCAAUCAAGCAGCAGAAAGAAAGGACGCUAGCGGGACGCAUACCAGAGGCGACACAGAGGAAGAAUAUUUCAUGGGAUAUAUUGAUUAGGAGUGACAGAUUGUUUGGUUAAAGUAUAGCAUGUGUUAUAGUUAUUUGAAUGACUCUUACCAUAAAAUGUUACAUUUACAUACCAGGCACCUUCUCAGUCUUAUAACGUACACUUAUUCAGCCUGUUUUUCACUAUUCUUUGUUUAUUUUAAACUGCCUUUCAAAUGUCUAUUCUUGGUGUUGGGUUUUAUCAAAUAAAUUCCCCCCAAAAAUGUGACUUAUACUCCGGAGGGACUUAUAGUCCAAAAAAUCCGGUAAGAGUCUCAGAAAGCUGGCUUUAACAAGCUAGCAAGCUACGGAGUUUGCCGCCAUUUCUUGUAAAGUGUAUAAAAAGGAGUAUGGAAGCUGAACAAAUAAGAUGCCAAAAACCGACCACUUUCAUGUGGAAUUGGACAGAAAGGAGGACUUUUUUUCUCCUCCAUUUAAAAAUGUGGAAGUUAUCAACAAUCAAUGCAAGUCAUCAGAAUCAGGUCAUACACCAACUUAUAUUCUUCUCUUAAAAGGGGAACAUUAUCACCAAACCUAUGCAAGCGUCAAUAUACCUUGAUGUUGCAGAAAAAAGACCCAUGUAUUUUUUUAACCGAUUUCCGAACUCCAAAUAGGUAAAUUUUGUCGAAUUAAACGCCUUUCUGUUUAUCAGUCUUUUAGCGAUGACGUCAGAACGUGACGUCACCGAGGUAACACACCAGCCAUAUUCAUUUUCACAUUACAAACACCGGGUCUCAGCUCUGUUAUUUUCCGUUUUUUCGACUAUUUUUUGGAACCUUGGAGACAUCAUGUCUCGUCGGUGUGUUGUCGGAGGGUGUAACAACACUAACAGGGAGGGAUUCAAGUUGCACCACUGGCAAGAAAUCUGCCGCCAGACCCCCAUUGAAUGUACCAAAGUGUCUACACAUUUGACCGGCGAUGCUAAGACAGACAUGGCGCAGAGAUGUAUGGAUAACCUGCAGAUGCAUUUACAACGAUUAAGUCAACGAGAUCACAAAGGUGAGUUUUGUUGAUGUUGUUGACUUAUGUGCUAAUCAGACAUAUUUGGUCACGGCAUGACUGCCAGCUAAUCGAUGCUAACAUGCUACGCUAAUCGAUGCUAACAUGCUAUUAACACUAGCUGUAUGUAAAUUUGAAACUACAUACUCACAUUUAAUGCGAAACAAACACUUACCAAUCGACUGAUUUAAGUUGCUCCAGUGUCACAAGAUGCGAAAGUCCUGAUCGUUUGGUCUGCACAUUUUACCGGCGGUGCUAAUAAGGCAGCCAUGCUAUGGGCCACUUCAUUAGGUAAACCCACGCUAUGGCCGAAUAGAGUCAAUAGCUAUUCGCUCAAUAGCUUCAAUUUUUUUUCAAUUUCGUUUUCGCUAUCUGCCUCCAUACUCCAACCAUCUGUUUCAAUACAUGCGUAAUCUGUUGAAUCGCUUAAGCCGCUGAAAUCCGAGUCUGAAUCCGAGCUAAUGUCGCUAUAUCUUGCUGUGGUAACCGCCAUGUUGUUUGUAUUGGCAGCACUGUAUGACGUCACAGGGAAACGGAUAGUGGUUUCGAAGAUAGCGAAAAUAGGGCACUUUAAAGCUUUAUUUAGGGAUAUUUCGGGACCGGUAAAAUUUUGAAAAAAACUUAAAAAAAGACAACGAGCCACUGGGAACUGAUUUUUAUUGUUUUUAACCCUUUUGAAAUUGUGAUAAUGUUCCCCUUUAAUGAAAGAAAGGAAUCUAUAUGUGUUAAACAUGCUUGUAUGAUCAUCAAACACCUUUAAAGGCCUACUGAAACCCACUACUACCGACCACUAGGGUUGGGUAUCGAGUAUCGAUUGGAACCGGGACUAACUUUCCGAUUCUCCUGGAAUCGUUCAAAAGUUAAAAUUUCGAUUCCUAGUUUCGAUACCCAGUCCGCCGACCGGAAAAAAAUAAUAAGUCCGCCGGAAGUGUUAGCAUAGCCGAGCCUAUGUAGCCAAGCGAGUCAGUCAAGCAUGGAUAGCGGGCGUCGACGGUCGAAAGUGUGGCUUUAUUUUACAAAAAAAAAUGAAAUAUCGGCGAAAUGUAACACGUGCGACAGGACUGUUUCGUGCUUAGGAGGGUGCACGUCGAACAUGAUGAAGCACCUCCAAGUUCAUGGAGUACAAAUAAAUGCGUGUCCCGUCUUCGACAGGAGACACUAUCAGUCCAGAACGCUCACGCAUCCUGCCUGAGAAGGCGGAUAUGGUCAUUUUCCUAAACAAGAACUGUCUCUGAUGUUAUACUGUACCUGCUGCUGAUCUUGACUAGGUUUUGCAAGUUGUUUCUUAUUGUUUAUUUGCUUUUCUGCACCAGGUUAGCCCAUCAGUGGGAGCACGGUAACAUGUUUAAGUACCUGCAGCAUCAAACACGUGUGUGUAAAUGUGUUUACAUGAGGUUUUCAAAAAUAAAGCUCUCUUGAUGAAAGUGUACCCCGGUGAAAAUGUAUUCAUAAUUUAUAAUAUUUAUAUUCAAGUUCAUAGAUUUGAUAUUUAUAUUCUAGUUGAAAACAGCACUGUGAGGAAUUUAUAGUAAAGUUCAUAAGUUAAUAUAAUUAAAAUUGAUGGAAAAAUGUCAGACUAUUUCAUUCAGAAAGACUGUAGGUUAGCUAGCUCAUUUAAAAUAUCCUAAACUUUUUUUUGACCCUGCCUUUUUUAUUUAUUUUUUAUUUUUUUAAAGAAAGAAUUGGAAUCGAGAAUCGUCAGGAAUCGGAAUCAAAACAAAGAAUCGGAAUUGUUUGAAUUCAAACAAUACCCAACCCUACCGACCACGCAGUCAGUUUAUACAUCAAUGAUAAAUUAAAUCUUAACAUUGCAACACAUGCCAAUACGGCCUUUUUAGUUUACUAAAUUGCAAUUUUAAAUUUCCCGCGAAGUAUCACCGGUUGUGGCGGACAUGUUCUUCCAGCACUGCUCACGGCUAAAAGUCGUCUGCUUUAAUCGCAUAAUUACACAGUAUUCUGGACAUCUGUGUUGCUGAAUCUUUCGCAAUUAGUUCAAUUAAUAAUGGAGAAAUCAAAGAAGAAAGACGUAGGUGGGAAGCGGUGUAUUGCAGCUGCCUUUAGCAACACAAACAGCCGGUGUUUCCUUGUUUACAUUCCCGAAGGUGAAGCUGUACUAUGGAACAGAGCGUUCAAGCGAACAUGGUUCCCGACCACAUGUCAACCGGCAGGUUUCGGUGAGAAAAUGGUGGUAAUAAGUCGGCUCUUACCGUAGUUUUGAGCGGAGCUUGCGUCCUCCUGCAGCAAAGGCGGUCACCACACCCCUCCGACUUUCAUGUACCAUAUAAUCUCACUAGUAACACAAUAAGCAGAUAAGAUUUUCCAGAAUUAUCCUAGUAAAUGUGUCUAAUAACAUUUGAAUCGCUCCCACUGCCCUCGCCUUUUUUUUCUCUAGUCCUUCACUCUCACUAUCCUCAUCCACGAAUCUUUCCUCCUCGCUGAAAUUAAUGGGAAAAUCAUCGCUUUCUCGGUCCGAAUCGCUCUCGCUGCUGGUGGCCAUGAUUGUAAACAAUGUGAGGAUGUGAGGAGCUCCACAACCAGUGACGUCACGCGCACAUUGUCUGCUACUUCCGGUACAGGCAAGGCUUUUUUAUUAGCGACCAAAAGUUGCGAACUUUAUCGUCGAUGUUCUCUACUAAAUCCUUUCAGCAAAAAUAUGGCAAUAUCGCGAAAUGAUCAAGUACGACACAGAACGGACCUGCUAUCCCCGUUUAAAUAAGAAAAUCUCAUUUCAGUAGGCCUUUAACUUCUUAACAAAAACGUUUCUUUCAUAAAUAGAUGAAUAUAAAAUAUAUAUAUGAAUGAGGUAGAUCCCCUCGACUUGGUCAAUUGAAAAGUAGGGGCACACCUGGGUUAAGUGAAUUUCCAGGAACUAGGGACACAAUUUUAUUCAUGAGAACUCUUUAUGAAGCCUGCACACACUUAUAACAUUUCAUGCACUAUAAGAUAGGUCAGCAACCUAAAAUGUUGAAAGAGCCACAUUGGACCAAAAGUCCAAAAACAAUUAUGUUUGGAGCCGCAAAAAAAUAAAAGCCAUAUUACAUACAGAUAGUGUGUCAUGAGAUAUAAAUUGAUUCAAGAGGACUUAAAGGAAACCAAAUGAGCUCAAAUAUAGCUACAAAUGAGGCAUAAUGAUGCAAUAUGUACAUAUAGCUAGCCUAAAUAGCAUGUUAGCAUCGAUUAGCUUGCAGUCCUGCAGUGACCAAAUAUGUCUGAUUAUCACUCCACACAAGUCAAUAACGUCAACAAAACUCACCUUUGAGCAGUCAUGGACACCGUUUAAGUUUGGUGGACAAAAUGAGACGGAAAAAGUAGUGGCAAAAAACAAGUCUUAGAAAGUCGGAGAAAGUUAUACAUGUAAACAAACUACCAUGAGUUCAAGGACCGCCAAAAUUAGUAGGACAAAAUGGCGCUCGACAAAUACUUGAAUCAGUGAAGCAUGUUUAAUGUAAACAGUGUGCUUUAUAACAAUUAGGUAUUGCAAAUAUUUCCCUUUCUGACAAGUGAUGGACUAAAUUAUGCCAACCCUUUCACAAGGCAUCAAAUGUUUUCUUAGGUAGAACAAUUGUAAAAUAACUUACUUACUUAUCAGAUGUUCAAAGGUGUUGUGUAGAAAAAUGUGUCAUGUGAGCAGUUGUCCGCACCAAAUACAUUCCUAAUUGCAAACAUGCUCAAAUUCAAAAGGAAGUUGAUGUAUGAACACAAAAGCUGUGCUUGUUCAUAGAGUAAGAAAGGAAACAUAACAAUUAUGAUUUUAGCCCAACAAAAACAUGAUAUUUACUGAAUACAUGUGAUAGUAAACGAUACAAUACAUUUAUUUGAAAUAUAUAGCAAAGCAAUGCUCAGGCUAACAUGAAAUAACAUAGAAAAUAGAUGUGGGUAAUUUUCGACCCAUGUGCAUUGGAAGGGUAGUAGUAAUACAAAAAUAUUUUUUAUUCAAAAAGUAUCAAUCAAUCAAUCAACGUUUAUUCAUAUAGCCCUAAAUCACUAGUGUCUCAAAGGGCUGCACAAACCACAACACAAACAACUACGACAUCCUCGGUAGGCCCACAUAAGGGCAAGGAAAACUCACACCCCGUGGGACGUCGGUGACAAUGAGGACAAUGAGAACCUUGGAGAGGACCACAUAUGUGGGCAACUCCCCCCCUUUAGGGGACCGAAAGCAAUGGAUGUCGAGCGUGUCUAACAUGUAUGAAGAGAAAAAAUAAAAUAACAAUUUUAAUGACCAAAAACAAGUUAAUUGAGGAAUACCUGGAAUACUGAAAGAUUACAUUCAAUUAUUGCAAAGAAACAGAUUAUAAAAACUUAGUUGGGUCACGUUUGACCCGUGUUACGCAUCAAAGGGUUAAGCCUUUACAAGUAGCAAGUAAUUUGCAGUCCAUCUAGUACUAUUGCGAAGUGCGAAAACAAGAAACACAAACUGCAAACAUAGUAAAACAAUCACUUACUGUACAAUGUCCGCUGUCACUGGGAUGCCGACUGAUGGGAUGUUUAUAUCUUUCAGCACAAAACUUGUGUUCCCCGUUUAGAUGAUGAAUCCUUGCUACUCAGGUAGAAACUGCUGAGAGAGAACAAGCAUUAUAUAUUAUAUAUAUAAUAUGUGAUAUAAAGUUAAUUAUUUAUUAUUAUUAUUAUUACUAUUAUUGUCUAUUGUGAGCGAACUGUGUUGCUGAAUUUCCCCCAGGGAUCAAUAAAGUACUUUCUAUUCUAUUCUAUCCAUUUUGCCACAUCUUCGGGUCUCCAUGUAAUUUCAAAGUCUAACAUUUUGGUUUAUGGCCGCAACCUUCUCCUAUACAAGAGAGAGGCACGAUUUAUAAUCUCGUAGAAACUUUUACCAACUCAGAGGCGAUGCAGCAGCAGCUGCAAAUUAUGUCAGUAGCUGCAGUACAAACAAAGCGCCAUGUUUAAGAAAAUAGUUCCUCUGCAUUAGCUCUUAUAUUAUGUAGCUAAUACUUAGUUAAUAUACAAGUACUGAAAUAAUGAUGGUAGAUUUUUGUAUGGUUUUUUUAUGGGUGGAAUAGAGGACUCAAAUUGGCUACAUUGUUGGUCACCUCUUGCUUGCAUUUUUUAAUUUAUUUAGUAUACACAAAAAAGAGAACGUUUGUGUUAUUGUCUCACAUAAGGAAUGUGAAUUAUAGGACAAAUUCAAAGUUCCCCUUUAAACAAUAAACAUGUAUUUUGUGAAACACAAAAGACACCGAUAUCAAAAUGACAUUCUUAAUUUCCAGUUAGUCCUUAAAAGGGAUCCUACUAUAAAAACAUAUUGCAGAAUAAAUAAAACAUAACUUAAGGUGCGGAAGUAGGAACACAUGUGGGAUAAAAAUAAAAAAAUAAUAUUUUGCAUAUUUUGUGUUUCAAUACGUUUAAAAAUAAUAGGGACGGCGUGGCGCAGUGGGAUAGUGGCCGUGCGCAACCCGAGGGUCCCUGGUUCAAAUCCCACCUAGUACCAACCUCGUCACGUCCGUUGUGUCCUGAGCAAGACACUUCACCCUUGCUCCUGAUGGGUGCUGGUUGGCGCCUUGCAUGGCAGCUCCCUCCAUCAGUGUGUGAAUGUGUGUGUGAAUGGGUAAAUGUGGAAGUAAUGUCAAAGCGCUUUGAGUACCUUGAAGGUAGAAAAGCGCUAUACAAGUACAACCCAUUUAUUUAUUUAUUAUAAAAUAAUUGUUUUGAACAUAAUCUAAAAAAAAAUGAACCGGGUUCUUUUUUUUUUUUCAAAGGCUGUGCUUUUAAUUUGAAAGAAUAAAGGACAACAUUCGCAUUGAACAUACUACAUUUUUAUUGAUUUACAUUUAGAAUAGAAUGGACUUAAUUGUCGUUGUAUUCGCAUAUAACGGGAUUAAGGACUCCAAUUUAAGGUGCGGUUGUAGGUACAAAUAUGGGAUUAAAAUAAAAUGAAACUAUUUUGCAUAUUUUGUGUUUCCAUAUGUUUAAUUGAAAAUAUAAAAUAAUUUUUUCGAAAAUAGCCUAAAAAGAUUGAUCCGUGUUCUUUUUUUCAAAGUCUGUGCUUUUAAUUUGAAAGAAUAAAGGACAACAUUCGUAUUAAACAUAUACAUUUUUAUUGAUUAACAUUUAGAAUAGAAUUUAUCAUCAUUAUAUUCGCAUAUAACGAGAUUAAGGACUCCAAUUUAAGGUGCGGUAGUAGUAACAAUUAUGGGAUUAAAAAAAACAACUAUUUUGCAUAUUUAGUGUUUCAAUACGUUUAAAAAAAACAAUUGUUUCAAAUAUAAUUAAAAAAAAUUGAACCGGGUUCUUUUUUUUUUUUUUCAAAGGCUGUGCUUUUAAUUUGAAAGAAUAAAGGACAAAAUUCGCAUUAAACAUAUACAUUUCUUAUUGAUUUACAUUUAGAAUAGAAUACAAUGUACUUUAUAGUUGUUAUAUUCGCAUAUAACGAGAUUAAGGACUCCAAUUUAAGAUGCGGUUGUAGGAACAAAUGUGGGAUAAAAAUAAAAAAUAAAUUUAAUUUUGCAUAUUUUGUUUCAAUAUGUUUAAUUACAAAAUAAAAUAAUUGUUUCGAACAGUCUAAAAAAAUUGAACCGGGUUAUUUUUUUUUUUUCAAAGGCUGUGCUUUUAAUUUGAAAGAAUAAGGGACAACAUUCGCAUUAAACCUAUACAUGUUUUUAUUGAUUUACAUUUACAAUAGAAUACAAUGUACUUUAUAGUUGUUAUAUUCGCAUUUAACGAGAUUAAGGACUCCAAUUUAAGGUGCGGUUGUAGGAACAAAUAUGGGAUAAGAAUUAAAAAUAAAUUUAAUUUUGCAUAUUUUGUUUCAAUAUGUUUAAAUACAAAAUACAAUAAUUGUUUCGAACAUAGUCUAAAAAAAUUGAACCGGUUUAUUUUUUUUUUCAAAGGCUGUGCUUUUAAUUUGAAAGAAUAAGGGACAACAUUCGCAUUAAACAUAUACAUUUUUUUUUAUUUACAUUUUGAAUACAAUAGAAUGGACUUUAUUGUCGUUAUAUUCACAUAUAACGAGAUUAAGGACUCCAAUUUAAGGUGCGAAAGUAGGAACAAUUAUGGGAUAAAAAUGUUGAAAAACUAUUUUUCAUAUUUUGUGUUUCAAUAUGUUUAAUUAAAAAAAUUAAAUAUUUUUUUCAAACAUAAUCUAAAAAAAUUGAUCCGAGUUCGUUUUUCAAAGGCUGUGCUUUUAAUUUGAAAGAAUAAAGGACAAUAUUCGUAUUAAACAUACAUUUUUAUUGAUUUACAUUUAGAAUAGAAAUUGAAUUUAUCGUCAUUAUAUUCGCAUAUAAAGAGAUUAAGGACUCCAACUUAAAGUGCAAUAAUAGGAACAAAAUAUGGGAUAAAAAAAACAACUAUUUUGUAUAUUUUGUGUUUCAAUACGUUUAAUUACUGCAAUGGUGUGUCGACUUGUCCAGGGUGUGCCCUGCCUUCCGCCCGAGUGCCGCUGAGAUGGACUCCAGCGACCCCAAAAGGGACAAGCGGUGGAAAAAUUGAAGGAUGGAAUACGUUUAAUUAAAAAGUUAAAUAAUUGUUUCGAACAUAGUCUAAAAAAUUUGAACCAGGUUCUUUUUUUUCCCAAAGGCUGUGCUUUUAAAUUUGAAAUAUUUAAGGACAACAUUCGCAUUAAACAUACAUUUUGUAUUGAUUUACAUUUAAAAUAGAAUAAAAUGUACUUUAUUGUCAUAUUCGCAUAUAAAUGGUCCCUAGUGUGUGAAUGUGAGUGUGAACGUUGUCUGUCUAUCUGCGGUGAGGUGGCGACUUGUCCAGAGUGUACUCCGCCUUCCGCCCGAUUGUAGCUGAGAUAGGCUCCAGCGCCCCCCGCGACCCCAAAAGGGAAUAAGCGGUAGGAAAUGAAUGGAAAUAAAAUAUAAAGAAUGAAUAAAUAAUCUAAGAACAGCCAACAAAUCAUUUGUUUAUUCUGUUCAACAAUUGUAUUUUUAUUAAUUAAGCUACAAAUAAACAAAAUAAUUAAAAAAAAAGUUUUUUAAUAUCAAAAUUUGCCUUUUUUCAAUAAAAAAUGGUUUCCCAAUGUACAAAAAAUGUUUGAAUUAUUGGCCUUGUGUGCAAGAAAAACCCGUUAAAAACUGCAGCAUUUCUCCUCAUGUCUGUCAUUUUUCUAUUCUAAACACGAUCAAAGAAACCGAGUGUGUUUUAAGUCAAAACUAAAGCAUUACGAAUAAUAUUGAAUCAUUUGUCCUUUUUGAGCUCGGAGCUAAAAGAUCCAUUUGCAUAGAUUGCGGACCACUUUGGAAGAAAGUGGUCUAAUUUAAUAACAAAUAUAUCACUCAGACUUAAGUGCAAUAAUAGGAUUUGCCUUUGCAUUUACCCAAAUUACAUGCACUCUGUUCACGACCGUACACUAUAAUGAUAUAAUAAUUCGGAAUACAUUUAUACCCAACUAUAUUUGGAAAAAAAAAAUAAUGUGCGGUCAGCAAGAAUGAAAGGAUGGAGAUAGCUGAUUAAAUAUUGAUUUUUGUGGCAUAGAAGCUUUUUUUACGAUCAACUAUAAAGUACAUAUUCACAAUCAUAUUAUGAGGAUGUUUAAUUUGGCAGGAAAUGCAUGUUUAUUUAAUGCACAUUUGGUUUAACGCUACACAUGUCAUUGUGUGUACGUUGUGGACGCUUGUGCGACAACGUUACGAUGCUUUGUUUUUUUUUAGCAUAACUGUCUAAAAAGAUUUCAGUCGUGUGGCCUAAACAUUAGGAAGAUAUUUGUCAGGACUGUGACAUGAAUUUAUUUUGCUUCAUCUACGCAAAGGAUGAUUCAAACGGGCAAGACGUGAACGUAAGUACAUGGUUUUUAUUUAUACACUAUGAUACAAAAAGGCAAAACAAAAAGCACGCUCAAUGGCGGAUAAUAAUCUAUGCUAAAACUUAGAACAAAAACAGCACAUUGGCAAUACUAUCUCCAAAAUAAACAGAAGAUAGUAUAAAAGGCACAAGGCAAACCAAAAACUAGCACUGAGGCUUAUAAACAAAGAAGUCUUACGUGGCGUGGUCAAACAAACAGCAUGGCAAAGCAUGAGGGUCCAGCAAGGAAAGGUAGGUGCGUAGUCAUGAUUAUUCAACACAGUCCAGUAGGUAAAGAAGCCAGGGCCGAGGAAAGGAAAACAAAUGACUUAAGUACUGCUGUGGUAAUUAGAACCAGGUGUGAGAGGCUGAGGAUCGGGGCGUGACUAAGGGGACCAGGUGGAAACUAAUGGGUUGGCAUGGAAACAAACAAAACCAGGAAGUGCAAAACGUGAAGCAAGAGUCAAAAAACAAAACAAAACGUGACCAAACAUAAACCUGAUUUACAGGCAUGACAAUAUUCUACAGAAAUACAAGAGGCUUUAAAGCAGGGAUGUCAAACUGGUUUUCAUUGAGGUCCACAAUAAUGUAUGAAUUUCCCUCUGGUUGUCAUUAUUAAUUAUAUACUGUGGUGGGCACCAAGACCAUGCUCAUACUCAGAGAAGGGGUGUGGUUUUGCGUUUUGGGAGAACACAUAAAAAGUGCAUGUUGUGUUGUAUUAUGAUGAUUCUCA